CGCCGCGCCGGCCCCGCCCCGCCCGGUCGCGGCCCCGCCCCGCGGCGGCGCGAGGAUGAGCGGGCGGCGGGUGGACGCCAAGGUGGUGCUGCUGGGGCAGGAGGGCGUGGGCAAGAGCAGCCUGGUGGAGCGCUGCGCGCACCGCCGCUUCCGGCCCGGGCCCUACCAGAACACGAUCGGGGCCGCCUUCGUGGCCAAGGUGAUAUCGGUGGGGGACCAGGCGGUGACCCUGGGGAUCUGGGACACGGCCGGCUCGGAGCGCUACGAGGCCAUGAGCCGCAUCUACUACCGCGGGGCGCGGGCCGCCGUGGUCUGCUACGAUCUCACCGACAGCAGCAGUUUCCAGCGAGCCAAGUUCUGGGUGAACGAGCUGCAGAACUGCGAGGAGGGCUGCCGGAUCUACCUGUGUGGCACCAAGAGCGACCUGCUGGAGGAGGACAGGAGGAAGCGCGGGGUCGACUUCCACGACGUGCAGGACUAUGCCGAUGAGAUCAAGGCAGAGCUCUUCGAGACCUCCAGUAAGACCGGCCAGAGUGUGGACGAGCUGUUCCAGAAGGUAGCCGAGGACUACGUGCACUUCACCGCCUUCCAGGUGAUGACAGAGGAGAAGGGCAUUGACCUGGGCCAGCGGAGCGGCGCCUAUUUCUACAGCUGCUGCCACCACUGAGACCUCCUGCCAAAAGGGAACUGCUGCUCCCGGCCGGGCAGCCGGCGUGCACCACUCCUCUGGAUUUUUACCUGCUGUGUUUUAGCUGUACGGGCCCGUCCCGGCACGCAGCCCCGCGGACUGCUCUGCUCCGGCGUGCGGGGCGGCAGAGGCUCCGCACAGCGCCAGGAGCCGUGGGCUUGUCACCCCGGGACCCUCUCCCCGCCUCCCGGUGCUCAGAGGAGCUGCUGCCCGAGUCACUGCUGUGGCCCAGCAACGGCCGUUAACUUAUUCUCUCGAAGAUGCUGCCUGACUCUUCACAGCUUUGUUUAAGCAUCUUCUCUUAAGGUGUACAAUGUAAAUAAAACGCAUUGUGGUCUGA